UUUUGCACCCUCUUGCGGGAAUUGUUGGAAAAAUAAACAAAAACAAAGUUUUUGUUUUGUGAAGAGAAAAAAAUUGUGAAAAUGUUCGGGUUUAAUCCAAAUGACUACGAAAUUCGCAAGGAAUUGGCAACUUGCUGCAAUGGGAUUGCUUCGGUGUAUCUGGCCAAACACACAUCCGGUCAAUUGGUGGCACUGAAGAAGUUCCGGAUGGAUAGGGCGAAGGAGGAGAGCGCAUAUAUUCGAGAUGAAAUUCUGACUAUGAGACAAUUUCAUCAUCCCAACAUAUUGUCCUUUUUCACAUCAUUUGUGGACAAUUUUGAUGUCUUUGUGAUUGCUCCCUUCAUGCCUUAUGGAUCCUGUCGGGAUACAAUGACCAAUUCAUGCCGUACAGGCUUUCCGGAAAUAAUCGUCGUACUGAUUCUACGAGACGUCCUCCAUGGAGUGGAAUAUCUGCACAAAAAAGGCUUUAUUCAUCGUGCCAUUCGUGCUAGUCACAUCCUCAUGAAUCACGAAAGGGCCGUUCUCACGGGCUUCCGUCAGGCAAUUACGCUCCUUUCGCACGGUGAACGCGUACGCAGUCUCCACAAUCUCCCGGCAAAUUCCACAAAGGGUCUCAAUUGGCUGGCUCCGGAGGUUCUGGAGCAGGAUCUUCUGGGCUACAGUGAGAAAUCCGACGUGUACAGCGUGGGCAUCUCGACGUGUGAGCUUUGCAAUGGGAUUGAACCAUUUGCCAAUAUGCCCACAACAUUUAUGCUUACGGAGAAGAUGCGCGGCAAUCAGCCAACAUUGCUGGAUUUCUCCACAUGCCCCACAGAGGACAUGAUUGUCCAGGCACUUGAUCCAGCUGACAGUUUUAUGGCGCAAACAAGACAAAUCUACAGCCAGAAGAAGCUCUCAGAUAACAUUCACAAGUUUGCCGAAGUCUGCAUGCAGAGGCAACCAACUGAUCGGCCCAAUGUGUCGCAGCUCUUCAAUCAUCCCGUCUUCAAGCAGACCAAGCACACAAAUCUCAGUGAGCAAUUGACCAAUUUUGGCAUCCACCCCGUGGACUAUUCGCAACAUUGUGAUGAAAAUUUGAAGCUUGUCCAGGACCUUUCGGACAUGAAUCUCAGUGCAGGGAGUGCCUUUGAGUGGGACUUCUGAUGGGAUUCAAUGUUCACCACAUCAUGAAUGAUCUUCCAUUUUUAUUUAAAUAAAAACUCCACAAGGAUAAAAAUUUAAUGUCACAA